GUAUAAUGUACAACACACAAAUAACCAACAAAACAAAAAUCUCAAACACACUACACCAGUAUCUAAGAAGAAGAAUAGUGAGUGAUCAAGAAUUGCAGAGGAUCCAUGGAACUCACUCUUUUUCUUCACAAACCUUCAUUACUUCCACGCUCUCUUUCCUCCAUUUCUGUGAGACCCUCCAACAAAAACACUAGUGUUGUUUUUUCUCCAUGUCACUGCUCACAAUCUUCCUCUGAGUCUACACAUGAAACACAUGCUUCAUCAUUACAGCUCCCAGGAAGAAGGGCUCUAGUGGGUAGUUUUCUUGCAGCAACAGCUGCUGGUAUUUAUAUCUGCGAUGAGGCCGGUGCUGCUAGCACGAGCAGAAGAGCUCUCAGGGGAGCCAAAAUACCAGAGAGUGAAUAUACUACCCUCCCCAAUGGGCUCAAGUAUUAUGAUUUGAAGGUUGGAAAUGGAGCAGAAGCAGUCCAGGGAUCUCGGGUUGCAGUCCACUAUGUUGCCAAAUGGAAAAGCAUCACAUUUAUGACUAGUAGGCAAGGGAUGGGAAUCGGUGGUGGGACGCCUUAUGGAUUUGACGUGGGUCAAUCAGAGAGGGGAAAUGUUCUCAAAGGUUUAGACCUAGGCGUUAAAGGCAUGAAAGUAGGAGGCCAGCGGUUGCUGAUUGUACCUCCGGAGCUAGCUUAUGGAAGCAAGGGGGUGCAGGAAAUACCUCCUAAUGCAACAAUUGAGCUGGAUGUUGAGUUACUAUCCAUCAAACAGAGCCCAUUUGGGUCUCCUGUUAAAAUUGUUGAAGGAUGAUACUUCCUUCAAGAGCUGCAACUGGCAUGAUGAGUUAGGCCUUAGGAUUAUUAGGUAUAUAUCACAGAUUUGAUGUGUAUUUCCCUGCCAGAACACAUUACCUGGUUGGUUUGGUACCAUAUUAUUUACAAUAUUGUAUCAAACAAUUACAUUCUUAAAUCGCAUGCAUAGAAAAGUUUGCCAAGGUUGCAAAUUAGUUUGGUCC